AUGAUAUACCAAAAUCAAUAUCAAACAUGUGGAGGUAAAAAAGAAGAAUUCGAAGACUUUAGAACAUGUGCAAUCAGAGAAGCACAAGAAGAAAUCAAUUUGAAAUUGAUAAUAGAAAGGAUACAAUUAAUCCUAAAACAUACUUAUUAUUCGCACAAUAAGUCAGGGACAAAACCAACAACAAACAAAGAUUACCAAGAAGAUAGAAUUAAUCAAGCUAACUUGGUACAAAUACCAACAUAUCUAUAUUGGGUACAAUAUAAUGAAUUAAACCAAAUCAAGAAUAAUGAACCAUUGAAACAAUCAAAUCUUGAAUGGCGAGAUUAUGAACAAUGUAAACACUUAGUGUUCACGCCAACAUUAACUGAUAACAUGACAAAAAUAUUCAAAGAAUAUAUUCCCAAAUAUGUUGAAGAAUACUCCAAAAGAGGAAAGGUGACAAGAGAUCCUUAUCAAAUCAACCAAAAAAGGAAAUAUCCAAAGAAUCAAAGAAAUUAA